UCCAAGAAAGAAUGAUGCGUCAGUCUUGCCUUAACCUUAAUUUAAAGGAAAGGGAAAGUUUAAAAAAUUCAUAUAAUAUUAGGGAAGAACUUUGUAAUUCAGAUAUCCUAAGGGAUUUACUCUACAGCAUUUAUCAUUUGCACCAAAAGCUUUCUUGUCAACCCAUUGAUGCUAACCUCACGCCAAAUUCUCUCUUAAUCUGCUACCUGUUUGUACAGUCUAGACACCCAGUAAGUGCCUGAGACUCAGGAAUGAGUCAUUCUCUGCUCAAUCAGGUGACAGCAGUCACUCCCGAAGAAACAAUCUUAAGGCAUGUUGUUGACAGGAGCAAUCAGCACAAUAUAUAGCUCCAGGGGAGAAAAUCAGUGGCACACAGCGCCAUGGCUUCCGACGCAGGUAAAAUGGAUCGAGGUUCUUCAGCUGGUGAUCCCACCUUGAGGAGAAGAAUCGAACCCUGGGACUUUGAAGCAAUCUUUGACCCCAGAGAACUCCGUAAAGAGGCCUGUCUGCUCUAUGAAAUCAAGUGGGGCACGUGUCACAAGAUCUGGCGACACUCAGGCAAAAACACCACCAGGCACGUUGAAGUCAAUUUUAUAGAAAAAAUUACUUCAGAAAGACAAUUUUGCUCAUCCACCAGCUGCUCCAUCAUCUGGUUCUUAUCCUGGAGUCCCUGCUGGGAAUGCUCCAAGGCUAUUACAGAAUUUUUGCGUCAACGACCUGGUGUGACUUUAGUUAUUUAUGUGGCACGGCUUUAUCACCACAUGGAUGAACAAAACCGACAAGGACUCAGGGACCUCAUUAAGAGUGGUGUGACUGUCCAGAUCAUGACAACCCCAGAGUAUGAUUACUGCUGGAGGAAUUUUGUCAACUACCCACCUGGGAAAGACACUCACUGCCCAAUGUAUCCCCCUCUGUGGAUGAAGCUAUAUGCACUGGAACUCCACUGCAUAAUUUUAAGUCUUCCUCCCUGUUUAAUGAUUUCAAGAAGAUGUCAGAAACAGCUUACAUGGUACAGGCUUAAUCUUCAAAAUUGCCAUUACCAACAGAUUCCACACCAUAUCCUUUUAGCUACAGUGUGGAUAUAACUUCCUGUGACUUGGAGAUGAAUAGAAUGAUUCUUUGUAGGCUAUGAUGAUUCACUAAUGAUUGAAUGUCAUUAGUUAGAAUCUAGAAAUUUUUUGUUUCUGUUACUAUAAAUUUACAAACUAUAAAUUAUCUGAAAAAUAAAGGACUAUCCCAUUUACA